CCUAGGGACCUAGGUAAUUGAGGGGGGGGAAGGGUACCUAUUUUGGUACCUACCUCCUAUGGAGCUUCCACUUGCUCACUAUUACCUAACCUACCUCCAUACAUACCUCUACCUGUACAUAGCAACACACCACCAAGUUAAUACAGGUAGACUUUCAUACAUUAUCCUCCUUAUUUAUCAACAGGAAAUCCAGCCACAAAAAGGGAAGAGAAUAUAGUACCAUAUCCGAUGCUCGAUACUCGAUAGAUCCAACAAGGAGAUAGAAAAAAAAGAAGAAGAAAAAGACAGCUCAACUUAUCACCCGCAUAAUAAAUAAAUGCCUGACUCCCCGUCGCAUGAAUAUCAAUCCCGAUCCCACGUUUCACGCAUCCCUUCCGACCAACAAACUAAGCUUUUUCUGAGACCUUGCCCAUGAACUGUCUACCCCAGAUCUAUACCUAAAAUAGCGUGACGAAAGCUAAUUGAUCCUGCGGGGGGGGCUCAAUACCUCAAUACAUAUCCUGACUGUCCUCGCCCAAUCUCAUCCAACAUGGCAGACUAUAGCCGCCAGUCUCCCGACCUCACCUCCCCUCAGAUUCCUGAACUCGAGCACAUAGCCAGCAUGUCUCUGGGGAACAGCCCAAGUCCCCCGCCGCCCGAGGAUGGUGGUAUUUCUUCAACGAAUGGCGGUCCCGAACCUGCCCCGACGAGUCCCGGACAAGUCGAACCCGAAACCCCCAAAGAAGUACAAGAAGUGCUCGCUUCAGAUAUUGGCGUGUCUACUAUGCUAAAUAGGCUCAAGCAAAGCAUCAUUGCAGCUAAGGAAUUCGCUACAUUUUUGAAAAAGCGAUCCGACCUCGAAGACCAACACGCUAAGGGCUUGAAAAAGCUGUGUAGAUCGACGCUGGAGAACGUACACCAUUCAGAUCACAGGCAGGGGACUUUUGCGCAAUCAUACGAAGAAAUACUCACAAUACACGAGCGUAUGGCUGAAAACGGAAUACAGUUUGCCUUGUCUUUGCAUCAAAUGCACGAGGACCUCCUUGAAGUGGCCGCGGUAGCUGAGAAGCACCGCAAAGGAUGGAAACAAAACGGCUUGGCCGCAGAACAACGUUUAACUGAUGUGGAAAACGCAAUGCGCAAGUCCAAGUCCAAGUACGAUUCGCUGGCCGAGGAGUACGAUAGGGUGAGAACCGGCGAAGCAAAGCAAGGUCCGAGAGUUUUCGGUAUCAAGCCCAAAUCAGCAGCGCAACAUGAAGAGGAUCUCCUACGCAAAGUUCAAGCAGCAGACACGGAUUAUAUGAACAAGGUCCAGGCAUACCAGUCUGAAAAGGCGACCGUCGAAACUUCCACUCGGCCGGAAGCCGUUAAGGCGCUACAAGAUCUCAUCAGAGAAUGUGAUUCCGGGACUACCCUGCAGAUGCAGAAAUUUGCUUCAUUCAAUGAGAAACUGUUGCUUAGCAAUGGGUUGGUUAUAAGUCCUCUGAAGACCGCCACUCAACCAGGUCAGCAUUCUCGCAGUCUCAAAGAGGUCGUCCAGACCAUCGACAACAAGAAGGACCUUGAGAACUAUAUUAUCAGUGUCCAUAGCAAGGUUCCGGCCAAAUCAUCAGAGCCGAAAUACGAGAGGAAUCCCGUUCUCAACCCUCAGCAAAACGUUUCGCUAAAUCAACUCUCACAAAUGCAUCAACAGCAAGGACACCCGCAGUCCCAGCAGCGACAAGGAUCACCCUUACCGGCGCAACAGCAGCAAGGUUCGAUGGGUUCCCGAACCGGAGGGUACGAUUCUAUAUCGUCACCCACGGGGUUCCAAGGUCCAGCUUUGGACUUCACCACUCCUCCUGGAAUGCCAGUUACCCAACGGCCAUCCUCAGGAGCAGGCCAUGAAAGAAGUUUCAGCCAUGGCGCAAUGCUAAAUCAGCCUAGCAUGCAACCACCGCCACAGUACAAUGUACGUAACUCGAUACAAACUCCUCCGACCCAGUCACGAUUCAACGGUAGUGGCAUGAGUGGCCCACCGCAACUCGGAGCCUUGCCGUUCCAGAACCAGACACCUCUGGAGCAAAGCUCUCAGCAGCAAGGUGCGCAAACGGGCUUCCAGGGCCCGUCACGUGGUGACCAAUCUCCGGUACAAUCGGGAUCGCCCCAUGGUGUUCCCGCACCCAGUACAGAGGGAGCGAUAUCUAGGGGUCCGGUCUUUGGGAUCUCUUUAGAACGAUUAUAUGAAAAUAGUAAAGGGCCUGUGCCGAUGGUCGUCUACCAGUGUAUCCAGGCUGUUGAUUUGUACGGGCUCGCAGUCGAGGGUAUCUACAGACUUUCCGGCUCAUCAGCGCAUGUGAAUAAGUUGAAGCACUUAUUCGACACUAACGAAGACGCACCAAUUCUAGACUUCCGGAACCCAGAAAACUUCUUCCACGACGUGAACAGCGUGGCGGGCCUGCUCAAGCAGUUCCUGCGGGACCUGCCGGACCCGCUGCUGACGUCGGAGCAUUACGCGGGGUUCAUCGAGGCGGCGAAGAACGACGACGACGUGGUGCGGCGGGACAGCCUGCACGCCAUCAUCAACGCGCUUCCGGACCCCAACUACGCGACGCUGCGGGCCCUGACGCUCCACCUACACCGCGUCAUCGAGCACUCGGCCGUCAACCGCAUGAACUCGCAGAACCUGGCCAUCGUCUUCGGCCCCACGCUCAUGGGCACGGCCCCGGGAGCAAAUAUCCAGGACGCCGGGUGGCAGGUCAGGGUCGUCGAUACGAUACUGCAGAACACGUACCAGAUCUUCGACGAGGAUUAGGUUUGAGGAGAGAUGAAUUAAGAGGAUGGGUAUUAGUAAGGUACAUAGCGAGGUGCACGCAUAUCUUGCCAAAGGUACUGUGCCUAACUUAGCUAUAGGAAUCGGUCCGAGGACUGAACCUAAGAAGGCGCCGAGAGAGUAGUGUGUCUGUACAGUAUAUGUGAGGUCCCAUGCCUUUUUUUUUCUUUCGAGGGGUAUGUUCUAGUGUAAUAUACCAUUAGUUGACUUCAUUACCUACAUAACAAGCAAUUUGUUCUUCGUUGGUCGGUUAGGGGGGGCGAGGAAGGGGGAUUGAGGGAAGGGGGAAGAGGGGAAGAAGAGGGCGCAAGGGAAAUGGGAAGGGAAUGACUACCUGGUACGGAUAGGUGAUGGUGGUUGGCUAAGAUAGUCGUCUCGAAGCUUUACCUACUACUACCUCUACUACGGACGUAGUUUGACUUCUUCGCAUGCUCGUAUGCUCGUAUGCUAUAGUGACUAAGAUGCGGCUGAACUGAAUACUACAUUUAUACAGUGGA